AUGACAGAAGCAAACUUUACGCUAGAAGAGUGGCUGGACGACCUCUGUGUCCGCUUCAUCCUCAACCUACCUGAGGAAGAUCUCAAGGAUAUCGCUCGAAUAUGUUUUCAAGUCGAGGAAGCUCAAUGGUUCUACGAGGACUUUAUACGCCCUCUCGAUCCUUCACUUCCUUCAAUGACCCUCCGGACUUUCUGCAUGCGAAUUUUUGCCCACUGCCCGCUAUUAUCUGCAUUCUCUGAAACUCAUCAUAUGAGAGCUUUCGAAAACUUUAUGGAAUACAAGACAAGAAUACCGGUGCGAGGUGCCAUUAUGUUGAAUGAGAACAUGGAUUCGGUGGUGCUAGUAAAAGGUUGGAAGAAGGGAGCGAGUUGGAGUUUCCCACGCGGUAAAAUUGCUAAAGAUGAGGAUGACUUGACAUGCGCGGUUCGCGAAGUGUACGAAGAAACAGGCCUCGAGCUUGAAACAGCAGGAUUGGUACCGGCCGAAAGAGACGUCAAAUCCAUCGAGGUCAACAUGAGAGAUCAAAAUAUGCGGUUAUUUGUGUUUCGAAAUGUGCCCAUGGACACGCAAUUUGCUCCUCGAACGCGGAAGGAGAUUAGUAAAAUCCAAUGGUGGCCUUUGUCGGAUUUGCCGGCUUUUAGAAAGAAGGGAAAUCAGCAAGAGAAUAUGCCUAAUGCCAGCCCCAACAAGUUUUACAUGGUUGCUCCAUUUCUUGUACAUCUCAGGAAAUGGGUUAUUGAACAGAAGAAGAAGGAUGCCAAGCAGGCAAAGAGGACGACAAGCAAUCAAUAUUUAGCUACUGCUAACAUGGAAAAUGAUGACUUCUUGACUGAAGAGGACCAAGGUGCAGAAUCGGCAGCACAAGCUUCGACAUACGAAAGAGGUCCUGCGCCAGAACUCGAUACAGCUGCAGGAGCUACAGCAGCACUAACUCGAAUGCUACAAAUCCAACCUGCGACACAAGGCUUACAACCUGAAGCAAUGGCUCAGGAAGCAAACCAGAAAGGUUCAGCACUUCUUGCUCUAUUGCAUGGCAAGCCAGCGGUUUCGUCUCAGCCCAUACCAGGAAACGCACCACCUCGUACCCCUAUGGAGAAUAUCGACACAAAUCCAUCAAUGCCUAAAACACCUCACCAUUAUCCACCAAAACCACCACCAUUCUCUAGUAUGCCACCGCCGCCGAGUUUCCCUCUGCCGCGACCAGAUGACGCCUUCUCCUAUCAACUUCCACAUUUACAAAACAACCAAAUGCAGAAUAGGCCGCAAUUUCAACACCCACAGAACAUGGGUCCGCAGUAUCCUCCGAGAGGCCCCAACAAUCAACAUCAUUACCAACCCACACACUUGAUACACCCACAGCCUCUUCCCCCACAUGUACAAAAAGCUGUUUUUACGGGCGGGCCUGUUCAUGCGCCUGCAAUGCCCCAGCCGGCCCAACAGGCACCACCUCCUCCACUUCAGUCUACAGUAUCUGUAACUGUCAGCAAUCCUCAAUUUCCUGGCUUACAUGCACCGAUGGUUGCACAAUCUGUAGAACCAAAACCAAAGCUCACGGCGCAUUCGCUUGCAUUGUUAAGUGCCUUCAAGAAGAAUGACAGCGCUGGUGUAGCCUCGAAUGAAUCUGAGCUACCUCUGAGAGGCUUUCCGCCUCCACCUGCACUAAGGUCGCAGCCGCAGGAGCUGCCAGCAGUGGAAGCACAACCUCACCAAGCUAAUAUCCCUCCACCCAUUUUUGUACAUUCUCAUGUUGGUGCCGUGGAAAAAAGUGCAUUGACACCAAGACAACCCAUCAGCGAGUCGCAGAAAUCAGCACUGCUUGGUAUUUUUAAGAGUCCUAUCACUCCUGCCGCUUCUUUGGCGGUACCUUUGAGUGCCACUGCUCUACCUACGAAUGGAACCCCCUCUGCGGUUGAAUUGUCUGCAGUAGAGCCACUGUCUCGCGAUGCAUCAACCACUUCAAACCUGCUCAAUGCGAGGAGAACACCAGAUCAUAUGGCCGUGCCUGAAACUAUCCCUGUAUUCAAUCCAGAAUCCAACCUUCCUUAUCACGCCACGUCGAUUCUUUCUCGCCCAGCCAAAGAAAGGCAGGCCGAAGUUCAACCAAAGACUACUAACGGUCGAUCGAAGAGAAACACUGGGAAGGCCCCAGAGCGGGCUAAUGACAACCCAGCUGCCGCCGAAUCGCCCGCCAAGUUUCAACCUCAGAUACUGAAGAGACCUGUUAUGGGUUCUUCUCCUAAACCAGUAGCCUCUCCAACUGCAAUGACUAUGAGUCCGCCUGCAUUACUCAACCAUGCUUCAUCUGCCCGUACGCCGGUGCAAGCAACGGGUCAUCAACAAGCAUUACUCAAUCUGUUUGCCAAAGCUCAGACACCAACUACUACACCACCAAGCCAGGGAGAUUUUACAGGAGCGAGUCAGAUGCUACCACCAUUAAAACCUGCAGCAAGAUCAAGAGUAGGAAGUUUAGCAUCGGGUACAGGGGACGGAGCUGCAUCACGACGAGGUAGUCAGACUCCUAUAUCCCCCGCAGACAGAGGGUUUCUGCUUAGCUAUCUGGAUGAUGUGGCGAAGGGCAGUCAACGCUGA